AUGCUCAACGCCAAGGCGCCAGGCGAGGACGGCAAUCUGGUUGGUCUCUCUGACGACAUUAUUUUUGACCAGCUCAUUACCCUCGGUAUUGCUGGCUCAGACACCACGGCCAAUACGCUGUCGUGGAUUCUAUAUUUGCUGGACAAACACCCAGGUAUCCACCGUCGUGUUCUGCAGGAGCUUGCAAAUGCUGAUAUCACCCCCGACCAGCCGGUUAGUGUCAAGCAGGCGAACUCGCUAAAGUAUCUGACCCAGGUCAUCAAGGAAAUUUUGCGCAUGUUCCCGCCGGUACCUGCACUGUCAAAGACAUGCGGCAAGACAUGCGUGCUGCCCGGUGGAUAUAUCGCAUAUGAAGGUAUGCGCGGCCUUAUCAACGUCUGGAGCCUUCACCACAAUGAGAAGGUUUACCCGGAUGCGUAUUCGUUCAACCCGGACCGCUUCAGUGAGGAGAAUGCCAAAUCAAUUCCGGAAGGUGCCUGGCUGCCGUUCUCAUCAGGACCGCGCGCAUGCCUGGGCAUGUCGGUAGCGAUGAUUGAGAUGCGUGUUGUGUUGGCCCGACUGCUGUCAAAAUACGAAUUUCCGGACGGUUGGCGGCAAAGAGGUCACGUAUGA